ACGUAAGCUUCAGUCGUGCAGGAACGCCCGGGAAGACAACCGUGCCAAUUCCGAACGCUACAGAGUGACAACGUGUUACGAUACGCUACGCGAUCUUUGAUUUGCAAUUUGUGACUUGUGUUGUGCAGUGCAAGAUUCAAUAUGUUGGACCGGUCCAUCCUUGGUGGCAGUUGGGAGAGCGUGGUGUCGAGAGACGACUACGAGAUCGACUACAGCCCGAGUCCUCGAGGGUCUCCUUUGAAGGACACCUCCAACAUCCAGGAUGAGCAGUUCUGCAUCAGCCGCCACAACCCUAACAAGACGUUCCGGAGGGAAUCGGUCAUCGCUUCGUGGAAAAGUCUGAAGAAGGAGCGUGAGCAGGCUUUGGGGAAGAGGAUAAUCUACGUCGAUGCCGACAAUUAUCAGGAUUACUACGGCAGGAAUAAGGUGAAGAGGUGCAAGAGCGAAAGGACAGCCGGUGUGACCGCAAAGGUUCCCAAGAAGGUCAAAAGGACGUACUCUGUGUUGUACAGAUAUGACCCCAACGAGGAGAAGGUCGUUAAGGAGUAUAAAUACCAGUUGCCGAAGGAUUCUGAGCCAUCUGAGGUGUCUGAGAACGUGUUCUACAGCCCUCCACUGCAGAAGUCUUAUUCGGAGCCCUUCUUGAGGGCCGAAACGACCCCCAAGAAGAAGGUCAAGCGGUCCUUCACAACCCUCCUUAACAUCAAGACGAAAUUCCUCAACAUCUUUUCGUCGAAAAGUUAAGAUUACAAUUUAGAUUUAAGGAUAUAAUUUGCUCAAGCUAAUGCAUUUUUGGCUUCGUUUACAUUUGAUAGAAUCAAUUCGCCUCAAGUCUAGUCAAAAUUUUACUAAUUGGACGUAAAAUUUCAAAACAAGGUAUUGUAGAUUCCAAACAAUACCAUUGCUUAAUUAAUUAAUAUGAACAAAAGAUUUUGGAAGUGUAAACGAUCUUAAUUAGGUAUACAAUUAAGUAUAGCUUUAUUAAUCAAUGUAUAAUCGUACCAAUUGUAUUUCAUAUCAAUAUUAGAGGUAAUUAGGUUAAUGACAAGCAAUAUUAGUUUUUUUAUUUGUGAUACUGUUGUGUGUUGUGAUAUUAUGAGUUGUAUCAUAGUUUCGGAGUUGUAUAUCCAAAUCUAUACAAUUUUAGAUAACUAUAUAUUAUUAAGUUGUUCAAAACAUGUAUUAGUAUAUUUUGGGGUACUAAAUGUUUCCACAUAAGUCAUUAUAAUUGUUUAUAUCUUUGUAUAAAAUAUGAAUUAAAAAUCUAAGUUUUGUAACGUUGGCAUGCACCUACUGAUUGGAAAAGCUACUAAUUUUUUAAUUAAAAUUAAUACGUUGUUUCCGUGAAAUGCAAUUCAGUAAAAUUAG